AGAAAUUUCUAAUGGUCUGUCGAGUCAUCCCGCCGCGCCUUACGAGAAACUCCAUCUUAAAGCUGGUGUGUAGCACACUUAUAUAUACCAACACGUGUGUGUUAGAAGUAGACAUAUAUGUGUUACAAUCCAUCAUUAACAACGUAAGUAGAUAUAGUCAUCAAUGAAAUAGACUCAACGUGGCAUUCCUACACAAACACUCGCAUCAGUGAACACAUGAUCCGAAUCCAAAUACCCUGAGGUCAAAGGUCAAGCUACACCAAAGUUGUUUACUACAGGAUAUAUAUUGCGCUGUGACUAACAAGGCGGCUCCAGGAAUUUUCUAAUAUGGCUGAUUCAGAACCACAAGUGGAAAAUUCAGAGGAAUCUCAAGAUGUGGAUAUCAAAAAGGAGACCACUCCAAAUGGCGGUGACAGUUCUACAAACAACAACACAGUGGACGAACAAAAUGGAGAGAAUGGAUAUGUCAGAAAAAUUGAUGACGUCAUGUCGGCAAAAGCUCUCUGGACAACUGACCCAUCUGUGGCAAUAAAACUAAGGUGUGGAGACACUGGCCCACAAAGUGAUGACCCAAUCACAGUCGUCUCGGUGUUUGAGGAAACAGUGAAAAAGUUGCCAAAGGGCUUAGCAUUAGCGGUCAAGCGGAAUGGAGACUGGGUGAAGUGGACUUAUGAGGAAUACUACAAUGAUGUUAGGAUUGCAGCCAAGGCUUUCAUUAAGCUUGGACUAGAGCCCUACCAUUCAGUCAGCAUUUUGGGAUUUAAUUCACCAGAGUGGGCAAUAGCAGAUGUGGGGUGUAUAUUUGCAUGUGGUCUUGCUACUGGUGUCUACACAACAAAUUCUCCGGAAACCUGUAAGUUUGUUUUGUCCGAUUCAAAAACGAACAUCGCUGUAGUGGAGAAUGACGUACAGCUUCAGAAGAUCCUUGGGAUCUGGGAUGACCUGCCCCACCUAAAAGCCAUUGUACAGUACACUGGAGAACUCAAAGAGGCCAAAGAAAAUGUCUACACUUGGAAGGAGUUCAUGGCCAAGGCGGAGGGUGUACCAGAUUCUGUUCUUCAGGAACGACUCAUGAUGCAGGCCCCCAACAAGGCCUGUAGCUUGGUGUAUACGUCUGGAACAACAGGCAACCCUAAAGGUGUAAUGCUGAGUCAUGACAAUGUCACAUGGAUAUCCCGGCAACAUGGCAACAAUGUCCAUUACAAAUUUGGUGUGGAGGUUGCCGUGAGUUAUCUUCCCCUGAGCCAUAUUGCUGCACAGCUGAUGGACAUCCACAUUCCUAUAGCAUUUGCAGGCGUCAUAUAUUUUGCACAACCUGAUGCACUUAAGGGUACACUGAGGGAUACCUUGAAAGAGGCUCGUCCAACGGCUUUCUUUGGCGUCCCUCGUGUAUGGGAAAAGUUUAUGGAGAAAAUGGUAGAGAAAGGAAAAUCUGUGACCGGAGUGAAGAAAAUGAUCGGCACUAAGGCUAAAGAAAUUGGCCUUAGAGGCGUCUACGCCAAAAUGAACAAAGAGUCGAUGCCAUUCGGAUGGACCUUGGCCAAUAUGAUGGUGUUUAACAAAGUCAAAGCUGAGCUCGGAUUGGACAGAUGCGCUAUGACAUACUCAGGUGCAGCUCCAAUUUCCCAUGAAACCAUCGAAUAUUUCUACAGCCUCAAUAUUCCUCUGCUGUCUGUGUUUGGACUUAGUGAGUCGACAGGUCCUCAUGCUGUAGAUACUGUAACGGAUUUCAGGAUAGGCAGUGUUGGCAAGGAAACACCUGGAUGUGAAACAAAAAUAGCAGAUCCGGAUGAAGAUGGAAAUGGAGAGAUAUGUUUACGGGGUCGACACAUUUUCAUGGGAUACAUUGGAAAUGAAGAAAAGACAAGUGAAGCCAUUGACCAAGCAGGUUGGCUAAAAUCCGGAGACAUCGGCAAACAGGACAAAGAUGGAUUCCUAUAUGUGACAGGCCGAAUUAAAGAAUUAAUUAUCACAGCUGGAGGAGAGAAUGUGGCACCAGUGCCGAUCGAGGCCAAUGUGAAGGAAGCCCUCCCCUGUGUGUCUAACUGUAUGGUGAUUGGCGACCAGAAGAAAUUCCUCAGCAUGCUUAUAACACUCAAGGUUGAAAUGAAUCCCGACACGGGAGCCCCAUCAGACGCCCUGACAGCGGAGGCUGUGGAGUGGUGUAAAUCCGUCGGCAGUGAGGCCACAACCAUGGCUGACGUCCUGGACAACAAGGAUAAAGAUGUACUGAAGGCGAUCCAGGCCGGUGUGGACAAGGCUAAUGAAAAAAACACUUCCAGGGCUACAAAGAUACAAAAAUGGUCAAUUCUUCCAACUGAUUUCUCCAUUCCUGGUGGAGAACUGGGACCAACUCUCAAGACCAUGAGACCCAAGAUUGUUAAAAAGUACGAGGAUACAAUAGAGGCGUUUUACAGUGAAUCAUAGUCAAAUCUGACGACAUUGACGCUAUAAAUCAACGGUUGACUGGAACAAAAAUAUCAUGUUUCCUGCAGUAAUCCUGAGGAAACCUGUGUCAGCUGAUAGAGGAGGUAAAAGGUGUGCAGGGAUGUAUUCCCAAAUUUGACUCUUUGCGGAAAAGGAUGAAGACAUCUCGUCACAUCGACAAACUCUCUGAAAUGGAGAGGAGAGGUGGGCUGAUAAUGGAUUUUCCACACACAAAAUGUGGUAGUCACCGAGGUUUCGUGGUUUUGUACGCAAUUUUAUUACGCAUCAAAUGCUGGAACAUUGAAUUUCAGUUGUAAGUUAGGUGUUGCAAAUCUGUGGCAUAUAGCUUUUUUUCUUAUUUCUUUUGUGUCUUUUCUGGAAAAUCUUAAGAUUUCGCGAAGAGAUCAAAAAGGAUGUAACAGAUAUUGUUUUGAACUCUAUUUCAACAGAUACUGUACUCAACAUGUUUACAGGAAGAAAAGAUACUCUGCCUAUAAUAGCUGAACUAUGCAAGACAUUGUUUUAAUAGAUUGUAAUGAGAUUAGGUAUUUGUAUUGUUGAUCCUCAAUUUUGUUAUUACCGGUACACAUAUCUGUAGAUGUGUUUGGGCUAAUUUUUUCUAUGCAGACCCAGUUUCAUGAAAAUUUCUAAUUUUUAAGAAAAUUUCCUUGACUUACCAAGUAAGGUUUUCCCUCCUUUCUCCAAUAGUUCAUUCCUAUGGAAAAAUAUAAGUUUAGGAUUUUUUUUCUUUUUCUAAUAGGAAUAUUCAUGAAACUGGAAAUGGACUACAAAAUUUAAUGCAUAUUUCCUAGAAUAUACAUACUUAUAGACCCCUAGAAUCUCAUAUUACAGUAUGUGUUUUUACUUUAUUUUUUUGAUAAGAUAACUUUUAUUCAGUUUUAUAAUAGUUGGAUGGAACAAAAACCUGUUUUGAGAUAUUUUAGUUUAUGUAUGUCGAUAUCAGAAAUAAGACAGAUAAAAGAAUGAGCAGAAAAACAAUGUCAUAAUUAUGUGACUUGGCCCCAAAAUCCUCAAUUAUAAUUUAAACUUUUUGACAUGCAAAUGUGAUAAAAAUUGAUACUUUGUAUAGGAUGUUUAUUCAUUACACAAGAAUGGUAUCACAAGGAGACUGACCUACAUACAGUAGUCAAUUGUAACGUGACAAUCCAAGGACGCCAUUGAAAGUCAUCUGCCAAGUUUUGACUCGCGAUUGUAAAAAAGAAAUUUUGAAAAUUUACAUUGGUACACUGUAGUAUUUUUUUUUCCAAGAGCCCUCAAAGCAAUUUAUUUAUAAUGUAUCAGUUUGUCACUCUAACCCACUUCAGAAAUAGAGGGACAAUUAUGGAGAACUAUCACCUGUUAUGGGAUUUUGUUGAGGUAAAUACUGAUUGAGACGAAGUCGAGGUCAGUACAAACUUUCAGAUCCAUGUACAGAAAUAAAAGUUAAUAAUCGUUAUAUUGGAUAUAAAAUUAUGCUUUUUUUCUCAUUAAACAAGAUUAAAAGGAAGAUAAAAGUUAAAAGAAAAGUGCUGCGUUUGGCAAAGAGUGUUGUGAAAUUACAAUAGAAGUGACGUCAUGAAGAGAAUAUUGACCUGCUGUCAAUAUCACAAAUCAUUGACCUCCCCUGUGAUUAUGAUCUGACCAAUGAGAAAGUAGGAAAAGGUUGUGUCACUUACUGACGCCCUGUAUGUCGGGUCCGUGACAAGCUAAUGUCCAUAAUUAUUUAAAUGUUAUAACAGCCAGACCAUGAUAAUUACGAUCAAUAUGAAUCUCAGAUAAUUUACAUAGUUUAAAUAUGGAUGGAAUAUAUGCUAUAUCAUUAUGUAAAAAGAGCAUCCGUUGUGUGAACACUUCCUUUUGAAAUUUUCAUCCUCCUAUUAUUCAGUGCUCUUUAAAUUAUGAUCACAAAACUAGAUAAUAUGUAUAAAUGUAUUGAAAGAGACAAUAACCUGUGUCUAGGAAAUAAAACGGUAUCAAAAUAGGUUUUUGCCAGGCGUACGAGAAGACAGUAAUAUGUCAGAAGAUUUAAAUAAAUGUUAAAAUGCUGAAUGUCAUUUCUGGUACUCUUAACGAGGAAAUUUCACAUUAUGGAAAUGCUAACACUUACAGAGAAAAUUGAUGCAAAAAUAUCUACACAUGAAAAUAUAUUUAUGAUUUAUAUACAUAACAUAUUGUAUAUAUGAGAAUACAUGUAUGAUAUAGAUUUCAAAACCAUUGUCGAUAUGAAACUUACACACCAUGCUCAGUUUUUAGAGUCACAACUGAACAUUUCCACAUGCGAGAAUUUCCAUUGUUACAGAAUAACCUGUUUCCUAGAAACAUUUGUUUUCUCUCUGUAUGUCCUUUAUAGUUGAGUUUGUUUUAUAUCAUGUUAUUUCACCUGAACUCCUGUUAUUAUCAUUUUAUUGCCGUUGGUCCAAUAUACAUGUAAAACAUACAUGAACAAGCUCAAUCAAAACCACUUUAUGAAAACAAUGUCGCCUUUACUUAAAAUGACCAUAAUAUUCCGUAAAUUUUAACCUUAAUUCCUUAGAGUAAAAUGAAGGACCAUGCACAAAUCUGCUCAAUGGAGUAGUAUCUUCAUUAUAUUAUGACAAAGUGUAAUUUAUAUGUAUCAUUUAAAGUGUGAUUUCUUAAACGGUUAACAUUCAUGUUUUUGUUACUCAAACUUUAUUGGUUCUAUUAGUGGAUUUUUUUUUUUAUAAAGUAAAAGAUUUUCCUUUUAUUAUCACAUUUCUCUUAAUAUCAUGCUUUGCUCUACAAAUGACAAUAAGAGAAAUGUAGAGUAUUUAUAUACAACGUGAUAUUAGUCUGUACACUUUUGUGUAGACCUGCAUGAUAAUGACUUUAUUUGUUGAUAUCGUCCUAGAUUGCAUCGCUGUCCAUUUUCUACAAUUGAUUGUUUUAUAAAAAGGUACAAAAGAUUGACAAUGAGAUCUUUAACUUCGAGAAUUGAAGAGCUUACAAUGUCUUUUUAAAGCUUUUGAAGCUUUUGAAGCUUUUAUCCUCACCAGUAGUUUUGAUUUCCUGGUAACAACAAAACGUGAUCCUGCAAAUAUCUACUUGAGGGCAGUUGUUCAAAUUGCCAUUAGCUUAAUUACAUGUAGAUGUUAAACUAAAAUUUUCAAUCUCAGAUAUUUAAAAAAAAAAUCAAAUUUUCAUCCUUACAAUGCAUUUCGGUAUGUAAAAUUUUAUAUGAUCAUCAAAAUUUAUAUAAAAAAAAACAUCAAAAAAGAAAAAAAAUCCAAUCAAAACAGGUUUCAAAACACGUUUCUUAAACAAAAUUAUAAAUUUUGACAAAUUUAAGUUUAUAAACCUUUUUUUUUUUAAUGGUUAAUUAAUAUAACUUGGAACUACUGGCUUCUGUACUGAUGGUUUCAGGUCUUUUUGCCCUAAAUCUUGCUGGCCCUUCGGUUGUUCGCACGAUAAAGUAUGUUUUAGGACGAAAUUAGCCUGUUUAGUAGCAUAUGGUUUAUAGUCACAUUUAAUAUCUUCCUUAGACUUCUUUGUUAUUAGACCCAUACAUGGUCAGCUAGAUCUCCACACAGCAUGCUUGAAGUUCUUCUGGCAACGGAAAGAAAGAAAAUUAUUAGAGGGAAACAACUCUGGGCAAACUAAAUUUAGGCCAGAACAACCAAGUGUGAAUAAGAUUUAGCAUGUAACAACCCUGAUUUGUACAGAUCAAGUGUUAUGAGAGUUGUGCUGUCGUGAGUAUGUUUUAUAUAUCUUACAUAUCAUUAUAAUGUAUUAUCAGUGUAAAGAAGUAUAAUUGUACUUAAAUUGAUAUUAUUACUUAACUAUUGAAUUUAUGAAAAAAUAAAUGCCUUUCGUCCACAAGUUAAAAGGGACAGUGAAAAGAUUGUGGUAUUAUUUUUUUUUUUUUUAAAGUUAUAAGAAAAAAAGUGAUUCAUAGAUUAGUUGCCAGAGUUGGUGUACACUAUAUUGAAUAAGACCGUCUGUCUGUUGAUAAUUUGACCCAAGGAAAUUUAAUCAAUAUACCAUGCUCGAUUUGUGGACAGGUAAAGAAACGGCUAGACCAUGCAGCCAUGCAGUCAAUGAGCUUUAUUCCUCACUAGUGUUAAAGAGUCUGGACAACUUGAAUAACCAUAUUCAUGAAGUAAAUUGACAAUGUCCAGGUCAUGUGACAGCAGGCAAAUCCCAUUUGAAACUGGCUUAUAACAAAUCGAGCAUGGAAGACUUUUUUUCUCAUUUGAGUUAAAAAAGCAAUCAUUUAACUUCCUCCCAGGGUAAUAGCUCAUGCAGAGGGGCGAGCAAAAAUGCUAUAUUGCCCUCAGAAUAUACAAUAAGUGCUUUAUUUUAUUGACUAUUUAAAAACCAAGAUUACUUAGAAAUUCUUUGAAAAUUUGUUUAACAGUUCGGAGACAUUGGUACAGAAAUAUUACACACAGCAAUAUAUCAUUUACAAGUGUCUUUGUUUAAAUUUUUGUUUGAUUUACAUGCCUAUAUUAUAUAGUUGUAAACUUGGUACAGCUAUUUGUUACAUUUCUAUUAUAAGUUUACAGGAUGUGUAUAUUAUUGACCAAUAUAAGGUCUCAAUUAUAUCUUAAUGAGAUUGAUAAGCUAUAUGAUGACUGCCGCUAUAUAUAUAUUUUGUUUGAUCAUAUUGAAAAAAAAUUUGCAGGCAAUAUACAAGAAA